AUGCUGCUGCUCGGGGCGCUGCUGCUGGCCACGGUGCUGACGCUGGCCGACCCUAACACGUCUGCCACCGCUGGGGACUCGAAGUUGUUUGUGCGGAGGUGGACCUACAACGUGAAGUGCUUCGACUGUGCAGUCAUAAACACCUUCCAGUGUUCGACAACCAGGGUCUGCCCCUACGAGACGAGGCGCUGCAUGACGCUCGCCAUCCGCGUGAACACCCGCGAGCUCCUCGUGUACAAGAACUGCACCGACAACUGCUCGUUCGUGUACGCAGCCCUGCAGCCGAGGCCGGCGCCGAAGGCCAACAUGAAGAGGAACAGUUUCUACUGGGCUUUCUGCUGCGGCUCUAUGACCUGCAACAACGGGGGGCCGAGCUACGUGGAGCGGGACAUCGGGGAGGACCAGACCAUCGAGGAGAAUAUCGAAGGGGCCGAGCGCCUGCGGGGCUCGGGGCUCCUCCUCACCGUGGCCGCCCUCCUGCUCAGCGGGGCCCUGGCAGGCCCCCCCCUCUCCCCAGAGCAGUUCAUUCCCCCUUAG